UUUUCAUUCGGUGGCCCGAGCCGGACUCCCACACAUUAAUCUGUUCCUCUUCGACCGCCAAAGUACGAUCUAUGAGAUAAUUACUAUACAUUUAAUUCUCGAUGUCGCGAAUAAAUUUCGAUUCACGCGGUUCCGACUGUGUGGUGGUAUAAUAAUAGAAAUUCGAAAAUUCGUCUGUUCCGCGGUUAUAAUCACGGUCUUAGAAGAUAUAAUAUCUGGUUAUAAUAUUAUUAUUAUUUAUCAGUAUGCCCCCCACCACGUUUGCGCGAGCGACCGUAUCAAGUCGUAUUAUCUCGGGUACGUCACCUAUCUGACAGUACGAGAUAACAAUAUUGACAAACAGGCAUAACAUAUUUUCAUCACAGCAUCAACUAUAAUAUACUUUCACACUUCCGAAGUGGAACGCAUCCGUUCAUGACACACUCGUCCGUGUUUCUUUUUUUUGGCAGUGUCGAGUGUGAUUUUACGCGUACCGCGUCCGUUCCUUUCGGCACCCAUUUAUGACGCCCGACCGUUUCGUCCGUCGGCUUUGAUCAUCGCUGUUAAUCGAUUUGCCCGUUUGGCUAGCCAGUCCGUUUUCGAUCCGUCAUGGACUUCCUGGAGGACCUGUCACGUCAAUUGGAGGACAUCCGGCCGGACGACACGAUCGUGAGAACGGAAAUUCCCUGUCCGCAGUCGGUCUUGCGGUAUCUCUACCCUCGAGACCCUUUGAAAAACAUAUUUUUUUUGCCAUAGUGAAGCUAGUAAAUUAGUAGCAAAAAUAGAAAAUGGUUUAGCUGAUAUUGAAUGUACACCAGAAAAUCAAUCCAGAAUUCGUACGAAAAAACGACUACAUAGGAGACAGAAACAAAAGUUAAAAUUUUUAAUUGAUAAAAACAAUCCUAAUCCCAAUGAACAAACUAGAUCAACUACAGCCGUCUAUGAUUUUUUCCAUAUUACUUUGAAGGCCAUAUAUAAGUCAAAAAAAUUAUUAUGCUGAUUAUAUGCAGUUAGAUGAUGUGAUAAAAGGUCUAGAAAGUGGUGAACUUUUUGAAGGAUUUAUACGUAUUAGUCAAAAAUGUACCAACGAAGCAUAUGUUCCUUCACCCGAUAAAUCAAAGGAUAUAUUGUUAAACAGUAUUAAAGCACGGAAUAGAGCUCUAGAUGGUGAUAAAGUUGCUGUGAGGAUUCUAGACAAAUCUGAAUGGAGGAAUCCAGAUACAGAAGAUUGUCAAAGAACUGGUGAGGUGGUUUACAUAUUAAAUAGGAAAGAGAAUCGUGUAGUAGUAGGAACUCUGCUAGUCGAUAGAGGCGUUCUUCAUCGAUAUAGCACAUUAGUUCCCAGAGACUGUCGAAUUCCCAGAUUACUUAUAGACACUUCAAUUUGGCCGUCUCCUAUUCAUUUGAGGGAUGGAACCAAGGAAUCAAAAGAAUUGUUUUAUGCUCUCUUACCAUCCUGGGAAAAUUUUAAAUUACCAAAAGGAAUAUUGAAAGGAGUUUUGGGUGAAUCUGGAGAAAUCAAUACAGAAACUGAAGGUAUUCUGAUCGCCCAUGAUAUACAAGAACGACCAUACCCAGAAGAUAUUGAUCAAUAUUUUCCAACACAGUUUUCUGUGGAAGAUGAAUUGAAAUACAGGAAAGAUUUCAGAAAACACUGCAUCUUCUCUAUUGACCCCCCUACUGCCAGAGAUUUAGAUGAUGCACUUUCCUGUGUACCACUGCCAAAUGGCAAUUUUGAAAUUGGUAUUCACAUAUCGGAUGUGUCUUAUUUUGUUAAGCAAGGUACACCACUGGAUGAAAUUGCAGAAAAAUUGGCCACUAGUGUUUAUUUAACACAAAAGGUGUAUCACAUGUUACCACCAGCAUUGACCAUGAUGGCGUCAUUACUACCCGGAACCGAUAAAUUAGCAGUCUCUAUCACUUUGGAAAUGACACCUGAUGCUAACGUGAUUAGUCAUUCUUUUAGUCAAUCCAUUAUACAUUCUUGUGCUCAAUUGCAUUAUGCACAUGCUCAAAUAUUUUUAGAAAAUCCUAAUAAAAAAGAUUGGGAUGAAUCUGAGUUUCCAACUGUGUAUAAUGGUUAUACAAUCAAUGACUGUGCAACAGCCGUUAGCCAUUUACAUAAACUCGCGGCAGUGAUGCGAGAGAGACGUUUUAGCUCUGGUGCGCUGGCGAUCAACCAACCCAAGUUGUCUUUUGACAUUGACAGAGCUACGUGCGAGCCACUGUCAUACUCGUUGUAUAUACUCCACGAGAGUAAUUGGUUAAUAGAAGAAUUCAUGCUUCUCGCUAAUACAAUGGUCGCUGAACAUUUGAAGACUCACUUCCCGACCACAGCUAUGCUUAGAAAUCAUCACAGACCAGAUGCUGCUCCUAUGGAAAAAGCAGUGAAACUUUUGAAAGCUCACGGAAUUGAUAUUGAUUUUACUUCAGCUGGAUCUAUUCACAAGUCUAAAGCUGCCUAUUGUAAAGGUGAAAAUUCAGAGAAUCCUCAUUGGGACAUUAUUAUCAGCAAUAUUUUAUCAAAGCCGAUGGUCCGUGCCGAAUACUGUGUUAUCGAUCCGGACAAAUCCAUGUCUCAUUUUGCACUUAACGUACCAUACUACACUCAUUUUACUUCUCCCAUUCGUAGAUAUCCAGACAUAGUCGUUCACCGUAUGCUGAUAUCUUGGCUAACCGGCAAGCCAAUCAAGGAAUACGAAGACCCUAAAGUCAUUAACAAGAUAGCCAUCAACAGUAAUGACAAAAAGAAUAAUGCGAAGAAAGCAUCAGAAGCCAGUGCAGAAAUAUAUGCUGCGUGUUUGAUCGGUAAACUGGGUGGCCUAGUGGUAGACGCGUCCGUAAUGGAAGUAAAAGAAAACUAUUUUGAAGCCACUGUCCUGUCAAUGAACAUGAACGUCAGAGUUUACGUUAAUAUCUCACCACAAAACCCAGAUUUGCUGCACAAAGGCUGUAAGUUAUCGACUAUUGACAAUAAACCCACGUUGAUCAUUUACUGGGAUUACAAAGGUGAAGACAGGCAGACACUUCAACUCUUUGACAAAGUCAAAUUGAAGUUGACGAAAAAAGAGAGUUGUUUGAAAUUAAGAGCUAUUUUAAUCAGAGACGAAUAGACUUCUAUUUAUUGUGAUUCAAUACAUACAUACAUACAUGUAUUAAGUAUUGUAAUUAAUACAUUUUUUUUUUUUUUUUUUUUUAUUAUUAUUGUUUUCAAGUUUUUUAUGAUAAAAGAAAUGUUAUUUAUUAGUAUAAUUUUUAUCAAUAAAUACAUUUAUACUUUUAGA